AUGGCCGAUUCCCAUUCCAGCGGCAUCCUAGAGAAAAUGAGCAGUGGUAAUCUCUUCAGUGAUUUGACUUUUAUCUGCCGCUGGAAGUUUUUUCCUGUCCACAAAGUUGUUGCUUGUGCUCAAUCUGAUGUUUUGAUGACCACCGUUCAAAAAGCCGAAGCCAUCAAUCAGAAAUCAGGUAGCACCGCGAUUGACAUGAGCAACUUCGAGCCACAGACUGUCGAGAUGUUUAUCAAGUUUCUAUAUACUGGAGACUAUGCUAGUACCAAGAAAAACAAGCCGUUCGAUCCGUCAGAACCCGCGCCUAACAUACUUCGUGAGAUGGUCAACCACAUCCAUUGCCACCAAAUUGCAUCGCACUACCAGGUCUACAACAUGAAAAAAUUUUCGAAUUUGAAUCUCAGAAAUCUUCUACAAACACACUCAUAUAGUAGCGGAUUGGUAUCGGCCUUACCAUCUGCCGUUAAGAUCGCGGAUUCCCUGGACGUCGAGCUUGAAAUCCAGGACGCGCUGGCGGCUUCCUUUGGUCGCCACAUUGACAAGCUAACCGACGACAAGAAACUCAAUGUAAUCCGCAAUAUGCCAGGUUUUUCUACACUUGUAUUGGCGCAUUGCGGUCGCAAUCUCGCAUUGCUAAAAGAUCAAAAUGCGGAACUCGAGAAACGGGCGCAAGAAAGGGCGAAAAAUGGCGUUAAGAGGCCAACAAACAUGCGCGAAGCUAUACAAUGGACCAAAUACAGGAACCGUGUUGCGAGGGAACGCAGGCAUAGUUCCAGGUCUAAAUCUUCCCCGCAAACGACGAAGUAA